UUCAAUAGUUUCUUGAAUUGCAGGGGUUUUUUUUCAGCUAUGGAGUUAGGUGACAACAAGAUUCUGAAUGUGGGGUUGCUGUUAGUUGCUACCCUUUUGGUAGCAAAGCUCAUAUCUGCACUAAUUAUGCCCAGAUCUAAGAAGCGUUUGCCUCCAGUGAUCAAAGCAUUGCCUAUUGUUGGUGGGUUGAUUCGUUUCCUUAAAGGGCCAAUUGUGAUGCUUAGACAGGAGUAUCCAAAGCUUGGGAGUGUGUUUACUCUGAAUUUGUUGAACAAGAACAUCACAUUCUUCAUUGGUCCAGAAGUUUCUGCACAUUUUUUCAAAGCCCCAGAAACAGAUCUUAGCCAACAAGAGGUUUAUCAGUUCAAUGUGCCUACCUUUGGACCUGGUGUGGUUUUUGAUGUUGAUUAUACAAUUAGGCAGGAACAGUUCAGGUUCUUUACUGAAGCUCUCAGAGUUACUAAGUUGAAGGGCUAUGUAGAUCAGAUGGUCACAGAAGCUGAGGAGUACUUCUCAAAAUGGGGUGAGAGUGGUGAAGUAGAUCUAAAGUAUGAACUGGAGCAUCUUAUCAUAUUGACAGCUAGUAGAUGUCUGUUGGGAGAAGAGGUCCGCAAUAAACUCUUUGACGAUGUGUCUGCUCUCUUCCAUGACCUAGACAAUGGGAUGCUCCCUAUCAGUGUUAUCUUUCCCUACCUUCCAAUUCCAGCUCAUCGCCGACGUGACAAUGCCCGGAAGAAGCUCGCGGAGAUCUUUGCAAACAUCAUAAAUUCUAGAAAACGUACAGGCAAGGCAGAGAAUGAUAUGUUACAAUGCUUCAUUGACUCAAAGUACAAAGAUGGACGGCCAACAACAGAGGGUGAGAUCACAGGUCUUCUGAUUGCUGCUCUUUUCGCUGGGCAGCACACCAGUUCCAUCACUUCCACUUGGACAGGGUCAUACCUCCUCACCAACAACAAGUACAUGUCUGCUGUUGUAGAUGAACAGAAGAAUUUGAUGAAGAAACACGGGAAUAAGGUUGAUCACGACAUCCUUUCCGAGAUGGAUGUCCUCUACAGAUGCAUAAAGGAAGCCCUGAGACUCCAUCCUCCACUGAUAAUGCUUCUGCGUAGUUCACAUAGCGAUUUCAGUGUUACAACCAGAGAAGGAAAAGAGUACGACAUUCCUAAGGGACAUAUCGUUGCAACAUCACCUGCUUUUGCAAACAGGCUGCCACAUAUCUUCAAGAAUCCAGAAACUUAUGACCCUGAUAGGUUCGGUCCUGGCAGAGAAGAAGAUAAGGCUUCAGGAGCAUUCUCAUAUAUUUCUUUUGGUGGAGGCAGGCAUGGCUGUCUUGGAGAACCAUUUGCUUAUCUGCAGAUUAAAGCAAUAUGGAGUCACUUGCUGAGAAAUUUCGAGUUUGAACUGAUCUCACCUUUCCCUGAAAUUGACUGGAACGCUAUGGUUGUCGGUGUCAAAGGUGAAGUAAUGGUGAAGUACAAGCGCCGAAAGCUCUCUGCUGAAUAAGCAGAUAACAUCUGCAUGAAUGUAGUAAUUUAAGAUCAUUUAUGUUGGUUUGUUAACCUUAUUUCUGUUUAAUGUUGACUUCUAUGUUUAAUGUUAGUCCUGUUUCUCUUGAAGAUUGCAAUGACUAAGAUUAUAU